GGGUUUUUUAUUUUAAAAAAAAAAAAGCAAAGCAAACGCGUUCAUCUUUCUCUGCAAACAAAGUGCAAACUGAGCCACAUCCCUCUCCAUUGGACCGCCGCCAUCGUCUCCCUGCACCGCCCCUCUCUCAAAAUCGCGUUCCCUAUUCCAACAACCUCCUUUUUGUCCAACAGCACCCUAUUUUGAAUUCUCCAAGGUUUUCAAAUUAUGGCUACACCUUUAAUGGCAGGGAUUGCUGUGGCUGCUGCAGCUUAUGCCGGUAAAUAUGGUAUCCAGGCUUGGCAGGCAUUCAAAGCUAGACCACGUGCAUUGCGUAAAUUUUAUGAAGGUGGUUUUCAGCCUACUAUGACUAGGAGGGAAGCAACUCUCAUACUUGGUGUUAGACAAACCACUCCAACAGAUAAGAUCAAAGAAGCACAUAGGAGAGUGAUGGUUGCAAACCAUCCAGAUGCUGGUGGAAGCCAUUAUCUUGCUUCCAAAAUCAAUGAAGCAAAAGACAUGUUGGUUGGAAAGACUAAGAGUGGUGGAUCAGCAUUUUAAAGCCAAAUAACCUUUCUGCCAAUUAUCCCGACAGUUACGACUGAAGAAGUUGCGCUUGAUUUAAUGUCUGAUUAUAAAUUUUGUACUCAUCCUCCCAUUACUUUAUUAGACCUAAUUAUAUAGUGAGAAAGUUGAAUAUGUGUCGAUGAUAAAAUUAUUGUAACCUGAAUUGUGUCUUUGUAGUUGAGUUGAGAAGGCAAUCAAUAGGUGCUCUUAUUUUUCACCCCUAGUUUAAGUUUAUGCCACUAUAUCAUAUACUAUAACUUGUAUUGUGACUUUGAAUGUGAUUGGUUGUAAACUUCCGAGUUGAUGCAAGUUAUUACUUUUUUGUUUUUGCUUGUCA